AUGGAAGUCAAUGAUGGAUCUAUUUGUCCGAUAUGUUCAGUUAAAGUUGCGCGGGAUAUGUUGAGUCACAUAACGCUCCAGCAUGCACACUUGUUCAAAUUACAGAGACGACGAAGGUUAAGAAGAGUUGCCAUUCCUAACAGUCAGGCAUUGUCUCUGUUGGGCCGAGAUCUUCGCGAGGCUCAUUUGCAGGUGCUUCUUGGUGGUGGAUACCGAACAAGCAGCACUAGUACUGUGACAAAUGCUGUUACUGAUCCCUUACUAUCCUCACUUAUUUUUAAUUUCCCUGCUUUGGAAGCAGAAGAAAUUUGUAAAUCUGAGGUAACACAUGUUGAAGAUUCCUCUUCGAAUCCGGCACCUGUACAUAUCUGGAAAUCAAGUUUUGAUCCCUCAUUGACAUUGAGUAGUGAAGAGAGAGAGAAAAGGAUGAGACAAGCUGCUGGGAGAUCCGGUUUUGUGCAGGAUUUGUUCCUUUCAGCAUUGUUAGGAGACCAAUGAAAUGAAAUCAAAGAGACUAAUCAUUAAUCAAACUAACUUAUAUUACAUUUUGCAUCCAUCAUUAGGAUACAGUGCCUAUUCAAUGUUGGCCUCAUUCAUAUUUUUGAAGCAGUGGCACUUUUGGCUUAGUUUUGAUGAUAUAUGAAUAUAUUUACUAAUGCUGAAUUAUGAAAGUCAGUUUUUGCUGAAGUUGUAUCAUAUUCCCUAUCAGGCAAAGAAAAGGAAAUUGGUGAUUCAAUUAUUAUUUAUGGUUUAUUUCAGUUGUGCAACACACAUCCAUGGUAUCUGAAAGGCAAACUAUUAAUUUUGAGUUAAAGAAAGCAUUGUGAAGCUAUUGAUUGGUAUUUUAUAAUACUAGCUUUAUUUGCAAAAUGAGUUGGCAAUAUCAUUUCUCUUAAUCAUAGUAAUGUUGAUCCCCUCCAACCAAAUAAAAAAUAAAAUAAUCACUUUUAAACUGUUGAUGAUUUGUUUUUUUAAUGGACUCAAUAUUCGCCUUAAUAUAAUUAUAUUCUAAAAAAAUGAUGGUUGUUAAAUAUAUUAUGUACUUAUAGCAACAAUGACAUGGAAGGCACCUAUAAAUAUUCUUCCUUAUAAACUUGAAUAUCAGAUAUUUUUUUUCCUUGAAAUGAUUGGGGUAAUAUAAUUGAGAUUGGUCCAAACCUCUGAGCUUAGGUGUAUAUAUUUAUUUUGUGUGUUUGCCAUAUCUGUAUGUAUGUAUAUAUAUGGCUGUUGCACAAUCAUUCUCUCCAUUAAAGAAUAUAUUAUAUAACCUGCAAUGCAAGUCAUCCAAUUGACCCCACCCUCCAACACAUACUACCAAUAAUCCAAAAUAUAUAAGUGUGGUUAGUGAUGAGUUUUGUGGUUCAUUGAAGAAAGUAGAUGAUGGUGGAGCUAUUCGUGUUGGGAUGCACAGGAAUCGUGGUGUUCCUUCAUGGUGCCAAUUUCUUCUUCCAUGCUCUCAGUCAACACCUUGCUCUCAGAUCUCUCAGGUACCCUUUCCUUUCCAAUUCUCUCUCUAUUGCAUACAUGUUGAUUGUUCUCUGUUUCAUCUUCGAUUGCAGUUUCUUGGGGUAUGUAGGGUGGUAGAUUUUUGAAGACAACAACUCAGCAAAGUUAAUUCCAUGUGCAACCACUUGCAACUGUCUUUAGGCUUUGUACAUGUUAGAGAAUUAUUAGAAUCAAUUUAGAUCGUUUAUAUUUAUAUAGCAUCUGUAUAUUAAUUGUAGGAUUCUAUGUCUUUAUUACUUUGAUUCAUUUAGCACCUAUAAA